GAGGGUUUCUUCGCCUUAAAUGGUAAACGCGUACAGACCCCACACGGACCAUUGCAUGUUUUUAUUCGAGGGGGAAGAGUGACUGACGGAACUUAGUGCGUUUCUCGACGUGCCGCGCGCUGGCAGCAGAGAGGAGCGAUGCGCUGAUGGAGUAACCCCGCGUGCGCACUGGUGCGGUUGUCCAAUGGUACUUUGGCACACGCGACGCGCAAUUGCGCUUUGUUUAAGCUAUUGUCCGGUAGGAGUCGGUCUACCUUCGGAAUCGUUUACCGGUGAAGAUGUGCGACUAUUCCCAAAGAAGAAGCCUGUUCAAUGCACAGAAAUGACUCAUUUAAUACCUAGAACAUCGAUCAACAAUUUUCAUUUAAUAUGUCAAAUGAAAUUGCCGUAAAAUACAAGUUUUUCUAAACCCAAAUAAAAGUGUGUGCUAAGACAUGGGGGACUCCAACAUUAGCCAAAUCCCUUACAAAGAGACAGGGGAGAGUCUCCCAGCAGGUGCCUUGGAUCAUUACAUGGAUAGCUAUGAUAUGGACUACGGCGUCCCUCCUGAUGAGAUCCCAGACACGACGCAGGGUCAGGCUUUCUUCGUGGCCACCAUUAUCAUUGGCGUGGUGCUCGUCUGCAUCAUGCUUGUCUGUGGAUUUGGAAACCUCAUAUUCAUCGCCACACUGAUGCGCUACAAAAAGCUGCGCAAUCUCACCAACCUGCUCAUCGCCAACCUGGCCAUCUCGGACUUCAUCGUGGCAGUGGUGUGCUGCCCCUUCCUCGUGGACUACUAUGUGGUGAAACAGCUUUCCUGGGGUCACGGGUUAGUGCUGUGUGCCUCCGUCAACUAUCUCCUGACAGUGUCCCUCUACGUGUCCACAAACGCAUUGCUCGCCAUUGCAGUUGACAGGUACAUGGCUAUAGUCCAUCCUCUGAGGCCUCGCAUGAAGUACCAAACUGCCUACUGCCUGAUUACAGGAGUCUGGAUCGUUCCCAUUCUCAUAUCCAUUCCCUCCGCCUACUUUGCCUCUGAGACCAUGUACCCUCACGGCGGCACCACGCCGACCACACACAAGUUCUUCUGCGCUCAGAUCUGGCCUGUCGAGCAGCAGGUCUACUACCGGUCAUAUUUUCUGUUUGUCUUUGCUUUGGAGUUUGUUGUGCCGGUGGUCGUCAUGUCGAUGUGUUACACCCAAAUUUCCCGUGAGCUCUGGUUCAAGAAUGUCCCCGGUUUCCAGACGGAGCAGAUCAGGAAGAGGCUGCGUUGCCGCCGCAAGACGGUGUUGGUCCUGAUCGGGAUCUUGACAGCGUACAUCCUGUGCUGGGCUCCUUACUACGGCUUCGCCAUAUUACGAGAUUUCCACCCGACGCUCAUCUCCCGCCAGAAGAACUCGCUGGUGGCCUUCUACAUCAUCGAGUGCAUCGCCAUGAGCAACAGCAUGAUCAACACGUUGUGCUUCGUCAGUGUCAAGAACAACACAGUCAAGCACCUGAAGAAGAUCGUACUGAUCCGCUGGAGGUCCACGUACGGCCCCAGUAAGAUUGUGGACGAGAUGGACAUCAGGACCUCCUUCGUGCCUGUGACGGAGGAGAUUGAAUGCAUUCACUUGAGGUAAAGGGAGGAAAGUAGCUGUCCCUUAGAUGUUACACUACACGGAUGACGGGGACGAUUUUGACGUGGAACAUUUCUCUUGCGUUCAGAUCAAAUUUUAUAACUGUCAAACCCAGACGAGUAUAUUGCACUGGUUAAUGGAUCAACAUGGCUUGUACUUUGUUAGCCUGCAGAUAAUACAGGACUGCCAUUUGAGUUACUAUGGGAAUGUAAUUGUUGUGCACAGUAGGACUAUACGUGUUAUUUUUAAAUGUUUAUGUGUGUGUAUAAUAAAGAGUACAUGUAAGACUUGUAAAUAGAGCUACUGCUGCUGCCCAUCCCAUCCCAACUGGUCACAUACGGACCCUUUUCUAUUGCCCGGUGUAACACAGACAAAGAAGAAGCGACAUAAAACACUUGCUUAGGCAAUUAUUAAGGAUUUUGAAAAACAUCAUAGUUGGGCAGAAAGUAACCUCAGUCAAAUUUAAACUCACACUAAAAUUCAUCACAAAUUGGACAAAAUAAAUCGAUACUUCCAGACACAUCCAGAGCAUUUCUGUGUGGGCGCCUCAAAAGGAAGCAGUUACUGUAUGUUUACGUAUUCGCUACUAUAAAGGCCAAAGCGUUAAUAAAAAUACAAAAGAGUUUCUUUGAAACGGUAUCAGAUGCUGAGGUGCGUGACAAAGCAUUAGUGGCUGAUCCAAGAGUAUACCUGAGGUUGAUCUUCAAAAUGCCUCAAUGUUCCAAUUAUAUUAAUUGAAAUAACUCUUCUUAGUAAAAAUGAAAUGAAAAAAGAUAGUUGAUACAUUGCAUGCUUACUUCGUAUUUGAAUUAACUUUAUGUGGUCUUACUGUAAUAAACAAUGAG